AUUAUAUUCAAUUAAUUUAUUUUUUUCAUAAAUUAUUAUUGGUUUGAUGUGUCAGUGUCGUGUGAGUGUUAUGUAGACUACGAGUUAGAUUUGGACAGUCGAACUGAUUAACACUAAAGUCAAAAACUUGUGGCAGGAAAUAGUUUCAAGACUUUUUGGUCCUUUGAUAGAAAUUCCAUCUGAAAUAGAAAAGAUAUUUUCAGAUCCAAUAUCGAUUUUUAAUCCAAACAUGUCACUCAUACUGAUCCAUAUUCGGAGAUGGAUGAUGAAUACAAAAGGAUGGAAAUUUGUCGGGUUUGCUUCAGCUGUUGUUGGACUUGUUUGUUAUGCUCUAAGCUCUUCCUUCAACCAUCUUUUUGGAAAUUGGAAUUUGUUGAAAAUUAUUCUUUACACUGUUUUCAGUUUCAUUAUUUGUCUAUUGAUUUUGUUUGCAAGUACAUGGCAACACUCGACAAGUCUUCGAUUCAAAGCUCAUUCAGCAUUUUUGGUAUUGACUAUCACUUCUGUCUAUUCCUUUUUCUCUGAUAAAAUUAUGAAUGGAAAACCAGAUGCAUAUAGUCUGAUUUCAUGUGCUGCCUUCGCUUUCAUGUCACUCAGUUUAUCGAGGCAAAUUCGGUGUGGAUUUGAAGUGGAUCUGAUGUACUUUUAUCUAGGAUGUUUAAUUGUACAACUCAUGAAGAUUAAUUUUUUGUUAGCUAUUGUUGGAGUUUGUUAUAGCUAUUGUCUUAUUAUUCUUCGUUCUUCUUUCUCUUUGGUAAAUGUUCAACAUGAAACUCCGUGUCUUAGUCUUGAAGAACAACAAGUAGUCGUUCAAGUUGAUUCAGAACACUUUCAUACAAGUUUGGAACUAUUGUUGCAACAGUUCCUGACUUGUAUGAAAGAGCUUAUGCAGAACAACUCUAUUAUUGCCAAGAUGCUUUUGGAGAAGGUGAAAGGUAACUAUAAGUUGGUGGUUACUGAUCAUAACUUCAUACUUGAUGCAAUUCCGGACGAAACAAUCAAUAAUCUUCGUGAAACGGUUAAACUGAUGGUGGAUGCUGGGUUUGAGAAAGAGUGCUCUGACUUGUACAUUAGUUUGCGUAAAGAAUGGUUGAAAGAUUUAUUAAUAAAUAAAUUAUUAGGAUUGAGAAAGAUGGGAUUUCAGGAUUACAUGAUUGGAAGAUGGAUUAAAGCUUCCAAGGUUGCUCUUAGAAUAUUAUUUCCCUGUGAACGUCGCCUCUAUGAUCGUGUCUUCUCGGAAUCCUUUAUGUCAUCUGAUCUUCGUUUUUUUGAGAUUUGUCGUAGAGCAACGAUACAACUGUUGGACUUUGCUGAUUCGUUUAUGAAUCAAAGUCCUUCUGCAUGGCGUUUGUUUAAAAUCGUUGACUUGUUUGAGACACUUUGUGAUCUCAUUCCCGAAUUUGAAGCGUUGUUUAUUGAUUCCUUAGUGAAUGAAGCAAUAAAAACUAAGAAUAGAUUGGGUGAAGUAAGUAGAGAUAUUUUCAUGGAAUUUGGGAAUCUGAUCUUUCUUACGCCGGAUGCAGAGUUAGAUUGUUGGGUUGACGGUGGGGUUCAUCCAAUGAACUGCGAGGCUACAGGCUACAUCGUUUUGGCUUUCUGGUCAAGACAGAAACUGGAGCAAAUUUUACGAGACUACCCGUUGGUUGUUGCUAAUGGAGAGGGAACAUCUUUAUUCGAUUCGCAGAUAGAGCUCAUAAUGGAGAUGUUUGAGAGAAAUUUGGAAGCUAAGUCACAAACUUAUGAGGACUCCGCUUUGCGGUAUUUUUUCAUGCUGAAUAAUAUAAGUAUGAUUAAGUACAAAUUGGAAAACUUUUGGGAUGAUAGGUUCUUUAAAAACACAAGGCGAUACUUGGAACUCUAUUGUAAAAGCUCAUGGAGUAAUGUUGUAGAUAUUUUGAAAAUCGAUAUAAAUCAGUCAGCAGCGUCAAAUUCUGACGCAAAUUCAAUGAAAGACAAGCUCAAUCUGUUCAAUCAAAAGUUUAAGGAGAUGUGUGGAAUUCAGUCUACAUGGCGUGUUUUUGAUGAACAGCUUAAGAAACAAAUAAUAAUUUAUGUGGAAAAAAUGUUGUUGCCGGAUUAUGAAAACUUCAUUGCGAGGUUUGAGAACGUUCUUGGUAAAAAUGCUGACGAGUAUAGAAUGUCUGACAUUCAAGCUCAACUCAAUCAUUUGUUUCUGUUACAGGAUAUUGAUGUUGAUUCUGUUAGCUUAAUAAACUGUACUAAUAGAGUUAUUGUAUCUUCAUAAA